ACCGCGGGAGCGACUUUUACUGGCUACCAAAAACCCCUGGCGCCAAAGUUGCCCACGGUAAGCCGGUUAGCGGGCUUACCUGCAUAUGCAUAUGGUUUAGGUGCAUUUUACCCCCCGAACUGAAUGUCCGAUGCAUGUACACCAUAUAUCGUCUCGGUACAAGAAUCCGGUACAAGAAUCCGGUACGAAUCGCUGUCCCUGACUAGUGUCGGUGCGUCCCGUGUCCGUGAUCUCUUUGCCACGGCGCGGGAGAACGCCCCAUGUAUCAUCUUCAUUGAUGAAAUCGAUGCCAUUGGUCGGUCCCGUUCCGACGGCGGCUUCAGGGGUGGAGGAAACGAUGAGCGCGAGGCUACCCUUAGCCAGAUUCUUACGGAGAUGGAUGGUUUCAACACGACUGAGCAGUAAGGUCGUUGGACCCUCUCAAGAUUCAACACCGCAGGAUUUAAAUCGCCACCUUUUCCAGCUUUCCUGUCCAAAGAUGAACGAUUUAAACCUCCGCUUGGAUGUAAAAUGGGGCGG